GCAGGCGUGAACGGGACGAUGUGGGUAAUGGAUAGUGACUGAGGCCAUGGUCGAUCGUCGCCAUCUGAGUGCUUCGUCACCCCGCGAAGGGGACUGCGUGGUUGCGGGCCAGUGGAUGGAUUAAUCACGUCAGGUACGCGAGCAGGCGAGAGUGCGUGAAGGUGACCCAAUCCGUAUUCUGGUCAGGACCCAUCGCUCGGCGGGCCCGCCGAAGGAUGAUCGGGAGAUGAAGAAUAGAGGAAGCGGCUUUUUGAUGGUGGAAGGCCCGCCGACCCAGAUUCCCAACGGGACCUUGAACGCGGGCGCCGAGGGCCCGGCGCCGCGGAGAGGCUACGAUGCUAGGCAGAAGGAGCUCGACCAGUUGCUGGAAGGAAUGCUGUGCGAUGUGCAGGACAUUCCCGACCUCAAGUCCGAGUUCCGUCCCCACGUUGACAUCGACUCCAUUCCGACCGAACUGAGCAAAGUGUGUUUGCCACUGGUGUCGAGCGUGAGAUCGAAUCGUGUCGUGAACGGUAAGGAUUCUCGGAUCGUUCUGGGUUCCUACGCGCCCAGUCGACACCACAGCAUGCGUGACGAGUACCUUCGGUCCCGGGUGCCGCGCGCCAAGCCGGCUCCGAACGACGUCGAUCCAGAAUGGGCUUCUCUUCUCAUGAAAGAGUUCGAGCCGGUCACGAGGCGGCACAACGAGCGAACCCGGGCCCACUCCGAGUCCCGCGGCCCGUUCCUACCCGGGGUCUCCGCCGAAGACUUCGCCUUUUCCGACUUCGACUCCCCGCCUGCUGCGAGCAUCCCGUCGCAACCCCAUAGGCACCCGGGCAUCGGGUACGGCUCGAACCAGCCGGUCGAGCGGAAGGACUCGCUGGAUUCGCAGAGUCUGUCGAAAUACUUCAACGGGCCUCGCAGUCAAAGCAGCGAGCCUUCAGUCUCUCAUCACAGCGAUUUCAUCGAGUACUCCGACUUGGACGGGUUUGCCGCGGAGUCGAAUAGCUUCAGCCUGCAUCCCACACCACCGCAGCAUUACGUGGCUGAAAAAAGGAUGUAUGAUCCAAUCGACAUGUGGGAACCCUCUCCGGCCCAGAGCAUGACGUGGCUGCAAAAGCAACAGCAGAAGCUGCGCGAGCGCCGCGAAGCCAGAUACCGUUCCGAGCGGAGCCCUCAGGAAAUCCAGCUCAUUUCCGAACUGAAAGGCGUGCAAAGUCGGAUGAAAGUAGCCAACGUGCAGAAUAACUCGGUCGGGUCGUCGCGGGAUGCACCACGACCCGCCGAGACCCAGCAAGUGACGCAACCUCUGGCCAUCAAAGUCAACUUCAGCGACGACCUGAAACGCGGCUCGUCGCCGGCCAGGUCACUGCAAUCCGAGCCCGAGGCGACUAAACCCGCCGCCAUUCGCAUGAAACGCACUCCGUCACAGAGCAGCUACGAUCGGCAGCGGUCCCAGGACUCGGCGAAAUCCUUCGACGAGCUAGAUGCCCUGGAGCAGUCCAUUCUCCGCGCCCAGCAGUGUCCCCGUGUGGGUUGA